GAUCUCCUUUUUGGUUUUCGUAGGAGUUUCAAGCAUUUCCAGGGGUAGUUUCAUGACCCUGGUGGUAGUGUGACCCUUUCUCUGUACCAUGAACCUAGAGAAACGCUCAUGAGAAUCCGAUUGAUCUCCUUUUUGGUUUUCGUAGGAGUUUCAAGCAUUUCCAGGGGUAGUUUCAUGACCCUGGUGGUAGUGUGACCCUUUCUCUGUACCAUGAACCUAGAGAAACACUCAUGAGAAUCCGAUUGAUCUCCUUUUUGGUUUUCGUAGGAGUUUCAAGCAUUUCCAGGGGUAGUUUUAUGACCCUGGUGGUAGUGUGACCCUCCUUCUGUACCAUGAACCUAAAGAAACACUAAUGAGAAUCCGAUUGAUUUCCUGGUUGGCUUUCCUAGGAGUUUUGGGCAUUUCCAGGAGUAGUUUUAUGACCAUGGUGGUAGUGUGACCUUUCUUCUGUACCAUAACACACAGGCUCACACACACACUCGACACAUGACACACAGACUGCAAAAAAGGACGAAGAAUCACCUUCAACCAUGACAGACUGGAAGAAAUCAUUUAUCGAAGCAGAACAGGAGAAAACAGAAGGAGGAGGAGGAGCUGGUGGUGGUGGCAGUGGUGAUGGUGGUGUAAGGAGAUCCGAACCUAUGAAAAGAAGGGUUGGAUUGUACGUUACCGUGUGCCUCUUCGUAUGUGGUGUUCUGCUCAUGCUGGUGACCCUCUUUGGUGGUGUUGUAUUGAACGUGGGGUGGAUGCUGGUGGUUGCUGGCGGCUGCGUGGGUAUCGAAGUGGUGGUCGCUGGCGGAGUGGUCACCUGCCUUGGACGUGGCUUACCCAACACGGCGCUAGCCCAAGGAUACCUCGUACUGGGCCUCCUAUCCGCCGUGUCCCUAGUGCUACAAAUCAUCCUACUGGCCCUUCUCGUAACCCUGGGACACCACACGCCUGACAGCCACACCAGAGCGGGUAUCGAAGCCUGGGUCCAGUUCGUCGGCGGUGCACAGGGAGCCAUGGCCGUGCUAGUGGGUGGGGUCUUAGCGGGUACAAUCCUAGUGACGUCCUGUUGCUGUAAGUCGCCUAAGGACAAUGUGGUCGGCGUGUACCAUCCGCGGUGACACAUAGGAAGCCCCUUGGCAUCUUCAGGAGCUGGGUCGGUUACGGUGUUGUCAGUGCCUACGUUUUGUGACUUGGAGAAGAGGGUGAAGGAAGAGGAGGAGGAGGAGGAGGAGGAGGUGGAAGAGGAGGAGGUGAGAUGAUUGUAUGUGUGUUGGUGUGUGUGUGUGUGU